AUGACCAUCACUGUCUCCGCCACCACUACCACAACAACAACCAGAACGAAGCGUCGCGAACCGUUGGGGACUAUUGAUAUGGCAACGACCCAGGCGCAGGCGCGUCCUGCGCCGUCCGCCGGGUCUGCCAGAGGUAGACCGAGGCGAGCCAGUGCGCGAUUAAGCAUGACUAACCAGGAAAGGAGUGAAGAGAAUAUGAACGUGAAUGGGAGUAAGGCGGAGAAGAAGAGGAAGAAUGCAUCAUUUGAUGAGGAUGUGGAGGGUUUUCAGUUUACUCGUCUUCCGUCGAAGAAGCCCAGGCCGUCUAUUGAAGCAAUUCCCGAAGUUCCCAGCUCAGUCCCUGAGGAUGCCCCGCGGCAAGCAUCGCCGCCGCGAAGGGGUCGACCGAAGAAGCAAGCGCAGCCGCAGCCGCAAGCGCAAUCGCAAGAAAAAUUCACAGACGUGGUGGAGGAGCGACCGAAGCGAUCAACACGGGGGACAAGAGCAUCAGUCGAACCAGAGCCACAACCGGAGGACACACAGCGGUCACGAAAACGCGACCAGUCCGAUGCAGCGGCGGCAGAGAAGAAGCGUAGGAAAGGGAGACCUAGUAAAUCGAAACCGGACGAGAGAAAUGGCUUUGUCUCGCCGGAACAGCAGGGUACCAAGAUUACGUUGCCUAUGGCUGAUACGCCGGUGAUGCAGCGGAAUAAGGAGAUGAGGACGGCGGCGAAAUCGGAGAAGGGGAAUCGACGGAGUAGUUUGGGUAUGCGCGGGCGAAGAGCAAGUUCGUUGAUUGACUCUGGGGCAUCUAAUGCAUUGCCUCACAAGGAAGUUAACACGGCAGAUUUCUACAAACACAUUGGCCCCGAUCUACCAGAACCGCGAAGAAUGCGACAACUACUGAUUUGGUGUGCGACUCGCGCAAUGGGCGAUAAGCCUUCAGGAUCACGGUCCGAGGACGAGAGUGCGCGGCUAGCAGCACGCGUGAUCCAAGAGGAAUUGCUCAAAGAUUUCUCGACAAAUUCCGACUUGUCGAACUGGUUUGGACGGGAAGACUCAGCACCGCCUGCAGUAGUGGUUAAGAAGCCGCAUCCGAAGAAUGUCCAGAACGCCGAGAAGAUUAAGGAGUUGGAGGAGCAAAUACAACGGCUUCAACGAGAACGACAUUCUAUGAACGCACUCCUCCGACCACCAUCCAUCCCCCGUAUCAAACCGCCAAUACCCAAGCCCGACGAACCGUCUCAACCCGGCUCAGCACAACCGCCAAGGCCAUCAGAAACAAAUACCAAGAUCGACAUAUCCUUCCUCGACCCCUCCCAACAAAAGCUCCUCGCCUCUCUAGAACCAACCACGGCACGAGCCCCCGAACCCGAGCCCUCAUCAUCAUCCACAUCAAAUACAACCCCGACACCCCUCCCCCCAAUACCACCAUCAGCAGUCGCCUCACGCCUCUCCCGCAUCACCAACAACCUAGCACCAACGCUCGACUCCCUCGCCGCAGGCAUCCACGACAUCGAACUUUACCGCUCCAUGUCAGACAGAGUAUCAUCGCGCGUGCUACGGAUCUGCGCGGAACGGCUUGACGAGCGUGAUGCACGAAACGCAAUGUAUCGCCUCUCUAUCGAGGGUAGCAGUGAUGGCGAGAGCGAAGAUGGCAAUGACAGCAAGAAAGAGAAGGUCGUAUUACGGGAACGACCGAGGGAGGAUCUGGGUGUUAUUCUGGGUGCGUUGAGUCGGGUUGAGAGGCGGUAG